CAAUUUCAACACACAACAUUUGCAAAAGCGAAUUUCAAAAGUAUAACGGUCUAUUUAGUAGCGAAAGUUAAGAGUGUGAAAAAGUUUAAGCGAAAAAUUAGAGUGGAUUUUCAUAUAUAAUUUUAUAAGGAGAUAUAAAGAAUCAAGUGCAAUUUUUUUUUGUGUUAAAAUAGAAAUAUGUUUAACUGAAAGUGGUUUUUGAGAUUCAUCAAAUUCGUUAAUAAUUAAAAAUUCUAGAAAAAUGUGGCGCUCAUUCGUUUUAGCAACAAUUUUUAUUUGUUUAAUAUUUUCAACGAGUGUUAAAGGUUCCUGUCUCGAGUAUGGACAUUCAUGUUGGGGUGCGCAUGGGAAACGUUCUAGUGGUCCAGCAAUCGCUAGCGGUAAAGCUCAGCGUCAAUUGAAUGCAUUGGAUGAAGAUAACUCAAAUCGAUUUGGAACAAACAAAUUUGACUUCGACGAGACUCUCACAUCCGCUGAAUUUUCACCACACAUACCAGCGAGCGCAGAGGAUCUGCCAAUCGAACUUAAUGAUUCCACGAAAUUGCGUAAAAACAACAACAUUGAACAACGGCAUUUGAGAUUCCCCCUACAACUCGGCACCACCGACAAUAAUAACUCACCACCGAUGGAAAAAGGCAACCGUCAAAGCGAACCAAUUGAUUCGCCAGAGCAACGACAGCAUUCACUGCAGAUACAACAACAACGCAAGUAUCCACAACACAUUGAACGUUGGCAUAAGUUCCCCUUACUCGGCUUACGACGAAUAUUCGGCAAGUCACCUCUGGCAUUGUCAGAUGCAGCAGCUGCUGCAGCACUCGAACUCUCCACACGAAAUACUGAAAAUGAUUUACUACAACAAUUGGCAGGCGGCAGAUUUGAUGAUGUUGGCGUUUAUUAUGACUUUCAAUAAUAGAAUUAACAGAGAGGUUGCUGGGAGAUGAACGUACUACUGAUGUAACGAUUGAUUAAAGGCUGCAUAGGCACACACACACACACACACACACUCACACAGAGAGAUAAACGCAGACGCACACUGUUAAAAAGUGACAAAAAAAAAUUUGAAUUCCUACUUCUAUUUAAAUGUAAAUUAUAAGAGGACAACAAAAUUUAUUUCGAAAAUUAUUGAUGAAGGAUACCCAAAACAACAACAAAGUUUGGUAGUUGUUUUGAAUGCAUGUAAAUGUGCAAAGCUGAAUAGGUAAAAAUAUAUAUUAUAUUAUGACAAAUUUAAAAGGCUCUAAAUGUAAACAUUUUAUUAUAAGAAAAAUUAAUUUACGCAUUUUAACGGUUGCACUAAGCCUGUACGAGUAUUUGAUUGUUGAAGACUCUUUCGAAAAAAAACUAAUUAUAUAAUAUAAUUGUAUUUUAUAGUAGACAUUUAAUUGAAUUUUAUGUAAUUUAUUGCAACAUUACGAUCAGGUUACAGAUUCUACGAAAAUCAUGAAACAAAAUCACUCUCCAAUUGUUUGUGAAAAUAUUGAUGCAAUGGGCUGGAUGCAUCAAUAUUAUUAACGCUUGAAAAAUAAUUGGAUUUAAAUAAAGAACAA